UCUACUAUUUAUUUAUUUUAAAGGUUAUUUUUCUUUUUUUUUUUCAAGUUGCUCCUCUUUUAUUAAUUUCUACUAUUGUGUAUAUGGCUGUAUCCUAUAAUAAAACCGUUAACUUUCCUUUUGUGAAAUGUUAUAAUUGUCAAUCAUCUGUACGAAUUAAUCAAUUAUCGUCUCAUGUUUGUCUAUCGCUUGAAUCUAAUCGAAUUUCACAAGUAUCACACUAUAAUGAAAUAACCAAUGAGCGCCUUAGUUUACAAGAUAUAUUAAAUAUUCGAAGAAAUAAUAGUCGUUAUCAACCUAAUUUUAAUCGUUGUUGUCGAUGCUAUCAUGGAAAUGCUACAAUUUCUAUAGCAACAAAACUAUAUCAUUCAUACUGUUUAAGUUGUUUCUAUUGCCGACUUCCCUUUUCAUUACCGUCGAAAAGAAAUGAAAUCAAACUAUCUGAAGGACAAGUGUAUUGCACUCAGCAUUAUGAAGUAGCUAUCAAUCGACCCAUUUGUGCAACCUGUAAAAAACCAAUAAAUGCAUCUACAAGGCCUACAAUAGCUUUUAAUAACCUUUAUUUUCAUCCAGAACAUAUUCGCUGUUAUUACUGUCAUAAAGCUGUAGAUCCAAUCACAACCGGGGUUCAAGAAAGAAAGGGUAAAAUCUAUUGUCAAACAGACUAUAAUCAAUUAUUUUUACCUAGCUGUGAAUAUUGUCAUCAUGCUGUACAAAAGGAAGCCGUUGUAUCCACAGAUGGGAAAUUAAAAGGAAGUUGGCAUACGUAUUGUUUUAAAUGUCAAAUGUGUGGUAUACCUCUUUUAUCAAGCGAAAAUAAACAGCAGCAGCAACAGCAGCAGCAACAGCAACAAAAGCAGUAUCAGUUUUAUGUUUAUAAUAAUGCACCUUAUUGUCAGUUAGAUUAUCAUAAGCUAAACAAGUCAUUAUGUCAUGGAUGCUCUUUACCUAUCGAAGGCUAUUGUGCACAGACAGUUAACAAUGGCUGGCGUUUUCAUCCUGAUUGUGUUCUUUAUUUCUUUUUAAAAAAAAAAUAAUAGUAAUAGUAACACUACUGCUACUACUACUACUACUUAAUAUGAAUAUUUCAAUGAGUCUCUAUUUUAUAUAAUGUAACAAGGAU